UCGGCUGAGGGGAGCGGGGGCGUCCCCGCUGCCGGGCCGGGAGCGCGGCCGCGCUCUCCCGGGGCGGGCUGGGCUCAGCGCGCCGCCGCGGGCGGAUGUUUGCCCCCUCGGGGGCGCGGCCGCGGUCCCGUCCCGGUGCUCGCCCGGAGGGAGGGCGCGGGGGCUCGGUUAGCAGUUGCCCAGCAGCGAAAUUUCCUGUGUGCUGCUAAUUCAUAUUCUGAAGUCUGGAAUAAUUUUGUGAGCAAGAAGAUUUCUUAAUUAUAUCAGUGCUUCAGGAUACAAAGAAAUAGUAUUCAGAGUAACCUUGAAGAUCUUCUGAAGUAACUAAAAAUCUGAUACUUGAGAGUCAUAAUGGCAGACACAGGAGAUGGACCACGUUUGGGGAAAGAUCUGACAGAUGCAAAAUCUAUUCCUGGUUCCAAAGGAAAGAACCUGCCUGCUAGCAAGUUGAUGGACUCUGGAAUUCUGCCAGACUACAGUUACAGAAUGGAUUAUCCAGAGAUGGGAGAAUGUGUGAUAAUAAACAAUAAGAACUUCCACAGAGACACUGGGCUGUUGCCCCGUUUGGGUACAGAUGCGGAUGCUGCAAGUGUCAGAGAAGUUUUUAUGAAGUUGGGAUAUAAAGUAAAGGUCAACAAUGAUCUUUCAUGCAAUGACAUUUCUAAACUACUGAAAAACGUUUCUGAAGAAGAUCACAGCAAGCGAAGCAGUUUUGUUUGUGUGUUGCUAAGCCAUGGUGAGGAAGGAUUCAUCUAUGGUACAGAUGGUCUUCUUGAACUGAGAGCGCUAACAAGACUUUUCAGAGGUGACAGGUGCAGAAGUUUAGCCGGAAAACCCAAGCUCUUUUUCAUUCAGGCUUGUAGAGGGACAGAAUUGGAUUCUGGUAUUUUCGCAGACAGUGGAUCAGAAGAAACAGUGUGUCAAAAAAUACCUGUAGAAGCAGAUUUCGUGUAUGCAUAUUCUACAGCUCCAGGCUAUUACUCCUGGAGGAAUUCAGCUGAAGGCUCCUGGUUUAUUCAGUCAGUGUGUGAAGUGCUGAAGGAACAUGGAAGGAAACUUGAACUCAUGCAGAUUCUAACUCGUGUAAAUCGCCGAGUGGCAGAGUAUGUGUCCUGCUCAACUCGGCAAGAUUUUAAUGCAAAGAAACAGAUUCCAUGCAUUGUCUCUACACUCACCAAAGAAUUUUACUUCCCUUGUUAAGAGAAUUUCACUUUGUAAUUUUUCAGUUCCUGUUAUCUCUAGUAUAUAUGCAAUGUUAGCAUGGAAUACCACUUUCAAACCUGAAUUACUGUUCACUAUUGAGUGUGGCAUAAUGAACUGUGUCAUAGUUAGGUAUGUCCAUUAUUAGAAGCAAAACAUAGCAUGGCUGUGUUAGAAAUGCAAACUUGAAUAGCUGAAGCACAGGCAAAUUUGGAAGUAAUGCUCUGAGUAUCUAAAAAUUAGGAAAAGAAGACUGAGGAAAGAUCAGAUCACUUACAAGAUCUAUUUGGUGCUACAUUUCACUUCGCUGAAGGGGCAGGGAAAAACGGUUCUUGUAAAUAGUUUGGUUUCGUAUCUUUGCCAAUAGGAAGAAGAUUCAGAAUGUGGUAUGUUUACUAAUGAUGGUAAUAUAAUAGUAGUGUUGUCCUACAUUUCUUCCUAACUCAAGUUCUUGAAGUUUAGGUUAUAAACUAACCUAAACAGUUCUUAUAACUUAGGGCAUGAACUGUGGAAAACAGCCAUUUCGUCUUUUACUUACAAUUAGGAAGCAUAUUUAGAACACAGUCAAUUUUUUCCUGAUCAUUUUAUAACUUUUUGUAUGGAGUUCUGGGUAAAAUAAUUGUAUCAACAUGGUAGCUGUUUCAAAUUAAUUUUGUAUUCUGACCUUGAAGCUGAGUGACUAAGGGACCAGUCUUCCCAAAUUUCUGCAGCUCUCUUAAGGAAGGAGAUGUUGGGGCAUAUUUUGGGCUAUAAGAAUGAGUGCAAAAGGAAGUCUGCUCUGAACAGUUUGCUUUCCUCUUUCUGGCCAUAAAUAAGAGUGGGUUUGCUUUGUGCUAUGUGUGUACCACAUUUAAUCAGUGUGGAAACCUAGAUUUGUGGUACUGGAGAAAUUUCGCUUCUUAAUUCUAAUAUUGAUUAGGGUUAAUUACAAGACUUGAGCUAAAAUAUGCUAACAAAUAGUAAAUUUAUAUCUCUUUGACUGAAUUUUGUGGAAGAGGCUUUUACAAAAUUUUAAAACGUUUUUGUUGAUGUUUCAGCUUGUGGCAGUCUCUUUAAGAUCAGAGAAAGAAUGGUAAAUUGACUGUAAGAGUGCUUGCAGAACAAGACUUAAAACUCUUAAAUGUAGCAUAAACAGUGUUGGCAAAUUGCUGUUCACUUCCAGAGGCAUUUGUGGUUUUGGUUUUUUUAACUUAAAUAAAAUACCGUUUUCUAAAUUAUA